CUCUCACAUUUUUAGGGUUCUUGGGGCCUUGGGGUUUAAGCACGCGCGGGAGAGAUGGCGCGGCAGCAGCGAUCGACGCAGGCGCUGGAGGAGGAGCCCCAUCGCGCCCCCGUAUUUUCCAGCGAUGGGGAGAGGAUCGACGGGCGCCACGCACAGAUGUGCCGCGCGGCAUUCUUGCGCACCGGCGCCGUCCGGGCGGCGGCGGGAUCGGCCUACGCGGAGUCGGGCGACACCAAGGUGAUCGUGUCCGUGUUUGGGCCUCGCGAGAGCAAGAAGGCCGAGGCAUUCAGCGACGCUGGGCGGCUCAAUUGCAACGUCAAGUACUGCUCCUUCGCGACGCCUGUGAGAGGGAAGAUGGGCGCUGCCAAUGCCGAGGAGAGGGAUCUCUCAUCAAUGCUCUACAAGUCUGUGGUGGGCGCUGUGGAUCUUCGAACGUUCCCCAAGACCACUGUCGACGUCUUCGCGCUUGUUCUUCAAUCCGGGGGUGGCGAUCUUCCGGUGAUCGUCACUUGCGCAUCGCUCGCUCUAGCCGACGCGGGGAUCGUCUUGUAUGAUCUAGUAGCAGCGGUGUCGGCCAGUAGUAUCCAAGGCCAGGUCCUGUUGGAUCCCUCGACGAGCGAAGAGAAUUGCGAGGAUGGUAGUCUCAUGGUGGCUUAUAUGCCCUCCAGAAAAGAGAUCACGCAAGUUACCAUGACCGGGGAAUGGUCCAGCUCCAGGGCCUCGGAAUCACUGGAGCUCUGCUUGGAUGCCUGUGCCAAGAUUGGCGAUGUUAUGAGAUCUUGCUUGAAAGAGGCAGCAGCGCAAUAAACCAAAUCCUCUACUCA